AUGUCAGCUCGACAAAUUGUGUUGUGCUUCGAUGGCACAGGAAAUACCUUCCGUACGGACGGCACAGACACCAACGUCUUAAAAAUCUGCCGCAUGUUAGAAAAAUCCGACGAGCAACUAUGUUACUACCAACCGGGAAUUGGCACUGACAUAACCCCGGGCUCCUUGGCCAGCACAACGAUUCAAAAGAAGGGCAGACUGGACAAUAGCAAAGCGCUAAAUCUCGCACUAGGUCGGUCAUUCGAUCGGCACGUUUUGGGUGGGUAUCGCUUCCUCAUGCGCCACUAUCAAGCCGGCACCAAAGUAUACAUUUUCGGCUUCUCCCGUGGCGCGUACACGGCGCGGUUCUUGAACGAGAUGCUGGAUUAUGUCGGGCUUCUUGGCCCAGAUAAUGAAGAAGUGGUUCCUUUUAUCUGGGAUGCGUUUGUGUCAUGGAAACUUAUCCGGACGGAUAACGACAGAGAAGAGAAGCGAAAGGCCUUUCGAGUCAUGAAAGAGAGUCGGGAGAUAUUAUCCCGGCCUAUGGCUCGUGUGCACUUCUUGGGCAUGUUUGAUGCGGUCAAUAGUAUUGCAGACUUUGAGGUGAAUGUUGACGGGAGAACCUCGAGCAAGGUAGUUCGACAUGCAGUUAGCAUUGAUGAACGGCGUAUCAAGUUCCGGCCGGUCUUGCUGAGGUCGCAUCAAGAUGAAUGGGUUCGUGGAACGCCCUCAGGUGAAAAGAAGCCCGAGAAGGGGACCUCGACCAAUGACUCUGAACACACAUCUGGACCUCCCGUUCUUCCAGAAAUCCCAAAUAUCACCGUACCAAGCAAGAAACGAGAGAUAGAAGCAGAUGACGACGAUGAAGACACGCAGGAUAUCGAAGAAAUGUGGUUUCCCGGCGGACAUGCAGACAUUGGCGGAGGAUGGAAUCUCGGAUCUAAUGAGGCAUGGCCAUUAACGCACGCGCCUCUCGUGUGGAUGGUACAAGAGGCGCGGCGCGCGGGACUGCGACUCGACCCAGGAAAGCUGAAACAGCACGAGUGCAUUGAGGAAGUUGAUGAUGACUUUGAUCCGAAAAACGCUUCAAACUCGAAGAGGAACGCCUCAAGCUCGGAAUUAUCGAUAACCCACAAAGUGUACUUUGAGGCACUUCAACUGGCCGGCACCAGAGGGCAUAUCCAUGAUCUCCUUGCGUAUGGUAACGGUCUUCCGCUGACUUCCGUCCUCUCGUGGCGUUUGAUGGAGUAUCUUCCUCUGCGACGGAUGGAAUUGCAGGCUGAUGGAGCGUUAAAGGCUGUGCGGUGGCCGCCGCCGCGUGGACGGGCCCGCGAUAUCCCAGUGAAUGCUCAAAUUCAUGUCUCUGCUAUCCAUCGUAUGAAGUCGGACCCUUCUUACCGUCCUAAUAAUUUGAUUUUUGGUUCGACGGAGCGGAAGGGGGACGCAGGCGGUGCUGCUGGAAUCGGGAAUUGGGUAGUCCACUCGCAUGAAGGUGAUCCGGUGCGAGAGAGGUAUGUUCGUCAUUAG